ACCAGCUGUUUAUGACGUUCUUUUGUCAAAUGAAGUAAGUAAACUAGAACAUUAGUAUCAAUAUGACCUCUCUUUCCAUCUCACAAGAUUUGCGUAGAUACUAGCGCCAUAAUAGUUUUUGUUUACUAACUUUGAAAUCGUUUCACCUAUUCAUAUAUGAAAACAAAGUGAAAGCCACAAACUUGAUGUCUAGUCGUUGUUUCAAAGUCCAAGGACAUGAAGAUUAAUUUAAAGAACGGAGUUUUCAAUCAACGAAUUAAAUAAUUCAUGUACGGACGUGCGGUGACGGGAGGUGUCUUAGCUUCUUAAAAAGAUAUUUUUGAACUAUAUUUUCGUGUACCUACUGCCGCCGACAGUCGAUUGUUUAUAAACUACAAAGAAUAUACAACGUAAACCAUGUCCAGUGCAGUUCGGAGUAAUGUGCUAAAAGUAUUGAAGAAAAACAAAAAUGGAUUCUUGUCUGUGGCUGUCCGACAAAAGAGUUUGGCGGGCUCUGAAAAAAAUAUUCUGACCUCUGUGUUCAAGGACCUACCACCUACUACAAAUACUGUGAAUGACUUUGUGUGGCAGAAUCUAGAGAGAUGGCCUGACAAGACUGCUACGGUAUGUGCAGUAACAGGCCGCGGUUAUACGUACGCUCAAACUCAUAGGAUGUCCAUAGCAUUUGCUGCGUCUCUACGAUCGAAGCUGAAAUUGCAAAAUGAUGAUAAGGUUGCCAUAAUCCUGCCUAAUAUCCCGGAGUAUGCUUGCACGAUAUUGGGAGUACUGCAGGCUGGCUGUGUGGCUAGUAUGAUGAAUCCUGUUUAUACAGUAGACGAACUGAAACGCCAAAUACAGCUAAUUAAAUGCAAAGCUGUUGUUGCAUCAAAUAUUUCGUAUGCGAACAUUAAACAAGCAUUAAGCGAGCUUCAGAUGGACAUACCAAUAGUUCUCGUAGAAAAUGAAGGACUCCCUGAAGGCACAAUACGAUUUGCCGAGUUUGCAGAAGACUUUAACCUGGAUACGGACUGUUUGAAGGCUGUGCGAAGGGGUCCUAAAGAUCUGGCAAUUUUGCCGUUUUCCAGUGGAACUACAGGGUUUCCUAAGGCUGUGGCGCUCACCCAUGCGAGUGUAUUAGCCAUGAAUCAGCAAAUUAUUGAUCCGGAGAUUGUUGUCUGUAAGGAGACUACUGCAACAAACCAGGCGGUGUUGCCAGCUAUCCUACCAUUCUUCCACAUCUUCGGUUUUAACUCGCUCAUGUUAAGUCAAAUGACGCAGGGAGCUAAGAUGGUCACGUUGCCAUACUUCAAGCCAGAGCUGUUUCUCAAGACUCUCGUACAACACAAGGCUGAAGUGUUGUUCUUGGUACCUCCUAUGGUGGUAUUCCUUGGAAAGCACCCAGCGGUUACGCCUAAGCACUUGGAGUCAGUGUACGGGAUCAUCAGUGGCGCGGCUCCAAUUUCCGCUCAGGAUGCUGAAGCCAUCGUCGCUAAAAAUAAAGCAAUUAACUUCCGUCAAGGCUAUGGACUUACGGAGACAAACGGGGGAAUAUCUGUUGGCAGGAACGACGAUCACAAUCAUGCGUCAGUCGGCCAUGUGUUCCCUAGCAGCAAAGUGAAGAUUGCUGACCUACAGACACAAGAGGCUUUGGGGCCUGGUCAGGAGGGUGAAAUCUGGUACCGUGGACCAAACGUCAUGAAUGGCUACUAUGAAAACGAGGAAGCUACCAAAGAGGUUAUGACUGAAGAUGGAUGGUACAAGACCGGUGAUAUAGGGCGAUAUGAUGACAAGAAGUAUUUAUAUGUUACUGAUAGGCUCAAGGAACUUAUCAAGGUGAAAGGUUUCCAAGUCCCCCCAGCGGAACUAGAAAUGGUACUACGAACCCAUCCGAAAGUUCUAGACUGUGCCGUCCUAGGCAUCCCUGAUGAAAUAUCAGGAGAGCUGCCUAAAGCCUUCGUGGUCACUCAGCAAGGACAAACGUUGAAGGACGACGAAAUACUAGACUACGUCAACAGUAAAGUAGCAGUCUUCAAGAAGAUCAAAGAAGUACAGUUUGUAAAGGAAAUCCCGAAAAGCGCAGCGGGUAAGAUUUUGAGAAAGAAUUUAAAAGAAAUGUAUUGUUAGUUACAUCGUUGUAUAUAUGACUUGAUUAUUGUUUUGGUGUUGGUUUAUGCAACUGUAGAUACAUUUAUGAUCAUGAGAGCAUAUUUCAUAGAUAAGUCAGUAUUCGUGUAUGUCAACUCACUCAAGGGAGGGGCGAGGCAACCGUGACACAAGUGUUUAUAAUCACUAUAAUUAUUAACAUAUAAUGUCACUUUGUUAGACUCUAAAUCAAAACAUUUUUCUCAACGCGAGAAAUUGCUAACAUAAUUGCAAUUUCAUUGUCUUAAUUUGGUUGUAAAGAUCAAGAUUAUUUGGAAGUAUGGAUUUUGCUCACUUGUUCAUAAAAGUGCAUAAGCCAAUUACCUUAUCGUAGCUUUUAAGUAUUACCAGACAGUAAGAUUAGUUAGUAUAAGUUUUGCAU